AUGAGAGCAUCAGCAUUCAGGUUCCCAAAGACAUUUCUAGGGUUUCUACCUUUAUAUAUAGCUGUUGAAAUCGUCCUUGGUAUAACGAUAUUAAAUAAAUGCAGUGGUGCAUACGGUAUAUUAGCCAUCUUUACAGGCCAUCCUUUGGAUUUCAUGCAAGGUGUAUCAUACCUGUGGUCUAUAUUUACAUUAAUUGUAUAUGCUCAAGGUUUAUAUGAGAUUGCCAAACCUACGUUACUCACAUUUUCACAGAUAUUCAUGUUCUAUUCAAUUGAUACCAUCUUCACUUGUUUCUUUACAUUGUGGUUCACUGGUGUUUGGUUUGGUGUCGAAUCAGCUGAAUCUUCAAACGCUGACGUUAAUAAUAAUCAUUCCAAACGUGGUGCAGAUAUUGCUAGUCAAGGUGCAUCACAAGCAUAUGAAUAUACAAUUACCAUGUUUAUUACAUGGGUUUCUUUAAUCUUCAGACUUUAUUUUAAUUUUAUUUUGGCAUCAUAUGUUAAGGAAUUAUUAUCAAAUCCAAAAUUCAUGAUCGAUCAAGAUGAUGUUGCACAGGAUCUUAAGAAUAAGAAAUUCUAUAGAAGAUGGUGGGUUAAAUUACAAAAAAAUUCUUACAAAUUAUGUAGACGCCUAUUGGUAUGA